AACAAUAACACCUCCCUCCAUCCUCCAUAAAUGCUAUUGCACCCUCUCUUUAUGCUCUGCAAUAACUCCUCGCUGCCACAUCUUCUCCCACCUGUUCCCUUCUCCUUCUUCUCAACCUCUGCAAAUCUCUCUCUCCAUUUUUUUCUUCUUUCAUGAUCAUCUCAGUAUUCUUCUGGAGUUCUUUUGACAAGAAAAAGGUCUCAAAUAUCACAACCGCCUGAAAACCACUCCUUCAGCCUUCAAAAAAUGGUUUUCAGGUGACCCUUUUGCCUGAAAACCAGAUCUGAGACCUCUCUCAUUUUGGUUACCCUAUGGCCUCUAUAGGGUUUGUUUCCUUUGCUCUCACUGUUUCAAAAUCGAGAAAGAGAAAAUGUGUGAGUUUGGACUAAACCGAGAUAUUGGUGGGCGUUAUUAUAUAGACUUAUGGUUUAAAAGAACAUUUUACACACAAGAGUCAACGCUUUGUUGCUAAUUUUGUUCAAUCUAGCAAGUCACUUGGUCACGUAAAGACAAGAUAGGAAGUCCAAAUUAAACCGUAGUAUUAGCCUUCUCUGCUUUGUUGUUACUUGUAACCAUCCUAUUAGUUUGCUCAGACACUGCCACAGAAUCUAAUUAAACUCUCAACGCACAACCUGUCUCACUCAAAACACCCCAAAACCAAAACCUAGACCUCACUUCAAAAAAAACACACAUAGACAGAGAGAGAGAGAAGAAAGAAAAAAAAAGAGUACUAUUUCUAGGGUUUGUUUGUGAGAGAGGUGCACUUCUUAGGGUUUGUGGGUGGGUGAUAUAUGUCUGCUCCACUGCUCGAAAGGAACGGAAAGGUCACUGGAUUUGGGUUGUCUUCGGAGCUAGUUUUCAGUCAGAUUUGAAAGCCAUAGCAUUGAAUCCCAAGGAUCGGUCGCUAUGUUUCAGCCAAACAUGUUUGAUAGUCACCAUCAUUUACUCGAUAUGGCCCAUAGAUCUCCGGAAAAUGAGUUGGAUAUGAUUAGAGACGAAGAAUUUGAGAGCAAAUCCGGCACUGAGAUCAUGGAAGCCCCCUCUGGUGAUGAUCAAGAUCCAAACCAACGGCCCAACAAAAAGAAGCGUUAUCAUCGCCAUACACAGCAUCAAAUUCAAGAAAUGGAAGCUUUCUUUAAAGAGUGUCCUCACCCAGAUGACAAGCAAAGGAAAGAUCUGGGGCGUAGAUUAGGGUUAGAGCCUUUGCAAGUCAAAUUUUGGUUCCAAAACAAGCGCACACAAAUGAAGGCUCAACAUGAACGCCAUGAGAACACACAGCUGAGGAAUGAGAAUGAAAAACUUCGUGCAGAGAACAUCAGGUACAAAGAAGCACUCAGCAACGCUACUUGUCCCAACUGCGGUGGCCCAGCAGCCAUUGGCGAGAUGUCAUUUGAUGAGCAGCACUUGAGGAUCGAAAAUGCUCGUUUGCGAGAAGAGAUUGAUAGGAUAUCUGGGAUUGCUGCAAAGUAUGUUGGCAAGCCAGUGCUUUCAUACCCUCAUGUUUCUACUCAAGGAUCAUCACAUUCUCUUGAUAUUGGGGCUGCGAGUUUUGGGUUACAAUCAGGCGUGGUUGGGGAGAUGUUUGGAGGUGGUGAUCUUCUUAGGUCAGUGCCUGGCCCUACUGAAGCAGACAAGCCAAUGAUCAUUGAGCUUGCCGUUGCAGCAAUGGAAGAACUAAUCAGAAUGGCUCAGGCUGGUGAACCCUUAUGGAUGGCGAGCACUGACAACUCUAUGGAGAUUUUAAGUGAAGACGAGUAUUUAAGGACUUUUCCCCGAGGAAUCGGUCCAAAACCCUUGGGACUAAAAUCUGAAGCUUCAAGGGAAUCUGCUGUUGUUAUUAUGAAUCAUAUUAAUCUUGUGGAGAUCCUCAUGGAUGUGAAUCAAUGGUCUAGUGUGUUUUCUGGUGUGGUUUCAAGAGCAAUGACCCUGGAGGUCCUUUCAACUGGUGUAGCAGGGAACUACAAUGGAGCUUUACAAGUGAUAACAGCAGAGUUUCAGGUACCUUCACCGCUCGUUCCAACCCGUGAAAACUAUUUCGUUAGGUACUGUAAGCAGCAUGCUGAUGGGACUUGGGCAGUGGUUGAUGUUUCCCUGGACAAUUUGCGCCCUAGUUCAAUAUCACGCUGCAGAAGAAGGCCAUCCGGCUGUUUGAUUCAAGAAUUGCCAAAUGGAUACUCAAAGGUUAUAUGGGUGGAACAUGUAGAAGUGGAUGAUAGAGCAGUCCACACUAUAUACAAACCGCUGGUGAAUUCAGGUCUUGCUUUUGGGGCAAAACGCUGGGUGGCUACAUUAGAUCGGCAAUGUGAACGGCUUGCCAGUGUAAUGGCCAAUAACAUUCCAGCAGGAGAUGUUGGCGUUAUAACUACUUCAGAAGGGAGGAAGAGUAUGCUUAAGUUGGCUGAGAGGAUGGUGAUGAGCUUUUGCACUGGUGUUGGUGCUUCUACCGCGCACACAUGGACAACAUUAUCAGGAAGUGGUGCUGAUGAUGUAAGGGUUAUGACCAGAAAAAGUAUGGAUGACCCGGGCAGGCCUCCCGGUAUUGUGCUCAGUGCUGCAACUUCUUUCUGGAUUCCAGUCCCACCAAAGAGAGUUUUUGAUUUUCUUCGAGAUGAGAACUCUCGAAGCGAGUGGGAUAUACUUUCCAAUGGUGGCCUAGUUCAAGAAAUGGCGCAUAUUGCUAAUGGUCGCGAUCCAGGCAACUGUGUAUCUCUCCUCCGUGUUAAUAGUGCAAACUCAAGCCAAAGCAACAUGCUGAUUCUACAAGAGAGUUGCACAGAUUCUACAGGCUCUUAUGUUAUAUAUGCUCCUGUUGAUAUUGUUGCCAUGAAUGUGGUCCUAAGCGGAGGGGAUCCGGAUUAUGUUGCCCUCCUGCCAUCAGGCUUUGCUAUACUUCCUGAUGGGCCUGCACAUCAUGGAGGAGGAAUUCUUGAUGUUGGAUCUGGUGGAUCAUUACUGACUGUUGCAUUUCAGAUCUUAGUUGAUUCAGUUCCAACAGCAAAGCUCUCGCUUGGAUCGGUUGCAACUGUUAACAGUCUUAUUAAGUGCACAGUUGAAAGGAUCAAAGGUGCUGUAGUGUGUGAGGCUGCAUGACUGAGAUGUCUUAACUACGUGAGAUAUGAAGGAAGGAACAAGAGCAAUAAAGGCUGUGUUUACUCUGGGAUGCAAAACAAAUUGAAGAAGUCAAGAACGCACCUUACAUGACCCUUGCUUUGUGGUGUUUGUCAGGGCAGAAAGCAGCAAGAGAGCACAUCACCACCGUGCAAGGGUAAUAGGUUCGGGUAUUGACUUUGCCUAUCAAUGCCGAAAGUAAACCAAGACCUUGUGGUAACUUGGAAACUCCUCAUUCACCUUUGCUUUCCUUCAGAUUAGGUCGUAUUAUUUAUAUGCAUGUGUUCCUAGAGAUUUUAGCUGUUGGUUGGACUCUGGAAGCUUACUCUUGCUUACAGACUAUGUUGGUUUCCUUUUCAUAUUGUACUUGCGUAUUGAAGAUAUACUUUCUGCCGUCACUUUUGACAUUUAGUUCCUGAACAAAAUAUAAGAAGUCCAGAGUAGUUCCGGAUU